UGGUUUUCUCUGACGCUGAGAUGGCCUCCCCGAGGCACAACCUCCUCUCUGAAGACUGUAGGGUUGCUAUUAAUCAUGUGGCAUCUUAUGAGCUGCACAUCAGUGAUGCUUAUUUAUCUAUGGCCUGUUAUUACAACCAAGACACGGGAGCACCUCUUUUUGCCUCAUUCUUUGAAGACCAAGCUGAGGUGAAGAGGGAACAUGCAAAGCAAUUCCUAAGAUAUCUAAGAAAACGGGAGAGUAAAAUCUGUCUUCCGGUGAUAAAGAGGCCUGACAUAGAUAACUGGGGAACUGGAAUACAAGCUCUAGAGUCUGCUCUGGAGUUGGAGAACAAGUUAACCAACCUCCUGCAAAACCUGAAGACCAUGGCUUCUGCCAACGAGGAAACCGAUCUCUUACACUUCAUGGGAAAGUACCUGGAUAAACAGAAGAGGAACACAAACUACCUGGAGCAACAGCUUGCGUAUCAUAAGAGAUUAGAACAGCAGGCCCAGGAGGAAGACCCUUUUAAAAAGCCUGCUCAAGUGUCAGGUAAAGAGACAGACGUCUGAAGGCAACAAAGCAGGUCUUCCAUUGUAGUAGGUCCCCAAAUCAGCUACUUAAGAAUCUUAAUUGUCUCCAUUUGACAGAAGAUGGCUUUCCUUCAUUAGUGUGUGUACAAAUAAACCUGUUUUUGCAUUA